AUGAUUUGUGUUUUGCAAAUAAACGUCGGUGUAUGCAGGGCGUCGCAAGAACUCGCGCUUGCGACCGCCAACGCAAAAGAAGCAGAUGUGCUAAUAAUCUGCGAGCAACACCGCGACCGCGGGGAGGACAAUGGAUGGUUCCCAGACGCGAACGGCAGAGCAGCCAUCGCCGUUCUAAGCAGCAUCUCGGUCGAUGCAAUCGGCCAGCCAUCGCCUGGCUUCAGAUGGCUGGAGAUAAAAGGCUAUAGACUCUACAGCUGUUAUAUUUCACCAAAUGUAACAUUUUUGGAGUUCGAGGCCUUCUUGGUAGGGCUCGAAGCCAGCGUGAGGACAGCCACCGGACCUGUGGUGGUGUCUGGCGACUUCAACUCCAGGUCCCCGGAGUGGGGCAGCCCCAGGGAGGACCGUAGAGGACGAGCCUUGGCGGACCUAAUCGCAGCUCUAGGUCUCGCCGUCCGGAACGAGGGUGGCCAGCCCACUUUUGUUAGGGGUGCGUCGGAGUCGCACCUCGACCUGACACUGGCAACGCAAGCGGCAAUAGGAAAUAUUACAGAUUGGGCUGUAAUGGAGGAAGAAACACUGAGCCUACAUAGGUACAUAUGGUUUAACAUAGCCACCACUCGCGGUCAACAGCGAGAGCAAGCAAAGAAGGGCUGGGCGUACAGCAAGUUUGAUCACCAGAAGCUGAAAGACAAAAUGCACAGCGGGGCACCGAUCCCUCACAUCGAUGCUCCCAGCAUGUGUAAACAAGCCGUCAAAUGGUUAACCGAAGCAUGCGAUGCAUGCAUGCCCCGCGUCUCCGGGAAAUCCAAGAGACGCCCAGCGUUUUGGUGGAACGACGACAUUGCGGAACAGCGCAAGGCUUGUGUCAAGGCAAGAAGGUCGUACACCCGCAAGCGCAAGAAGGCAGGCGAGGCCGGAAGUGCAAGGGAAAAGGAAACCUACAAGCAGCAAAGGAAAGCACUGUCAGUGAAAAUAACAGCUGCCAAAGAUAGGAACUGGAGCGAACUAUGCGGCCAGGUGGAUGGUGACCCAUGGGGCACCCCGUAUAGAAUAGUUAUGAAGAGGCUGGCUCGUAGAAAGCCAAUACCAGGACUCGAAAUACCGGGCCGUCUAGACUCGAUAGUCGACACGCUCUUCCCGCGCAGACCCGCAACCGGGAGAACGAUAUCGACGGUCAGCGAAGAGGAGCUCCAACUCGCACUGUUCACAGAGACCGAAGUAAAAGCAGCAGCACGGGGCCUACCGAAUGGGAAGGCACCCGGACCGGACGGAGUACCUAACGAAGUACUCAAGACGGCAGUGGGAGCGCACCCGUGGUACUUCAAGGAGGUCUUCAACGGAUGCCUAAGAAGUGCCUGCUUCCCGCCGGAGUGGAAAACAGCAAGACUUGUGUUGCUACACAAGCCAGGUAGACCACUCGACAGCCCGUCUGCAUACAGACCCCUAUGCAUGCUGGAUACGAUGGGAAAGUUAUUUGAGAAGCUGUUAACGCAGCGACUUCGCGACCAUCUAAGGAGAACGGGGAACCAACCGGAAAACCAGUACGGUUUCAAGGAGGGUAAAUCGACACUGGAUGCUAUGGCGAAGCUACAAACCGCAAUACGAAACGCAAACGGUCGUACCAGUGCGUACAAUUGA